AUGCAAGCAUUUGAGGGCUUUAUCGUAAUUUAUGACAACUUGCGGAAAUUUGAAGUAGUUAGCAUGGAAACCGUUGUUCGAGUUCUUAUUCCAAUUGACCUGGUAUUCCGAUCUUAUCAGGCAUGCUACAAGCGCAAUAACUCCCAUCCCCUCCGACCACGUCUGCAUCAACACUCCUCAUCACCGGCAUCAUGUGCGGCCCCCUCCCCGGAAGCUACCACGAGCGCGCAACUGACCAACCUCAGGACUGUCUUCUCCCUCAUCAUCAUCAACAAGGCCGGUGGUCUAAUCUACCAACGUGAAUUCCAAGCCGGCCUGCACAAGCUCUCCACAAACGACUACCUCGUCCUCGCCGGUACCUUUCACGGUGUCCACGCAAUCACUCGCUCCAUUACCCCUAAAAUUCCGCUCCAGACUACGGCCUCCCCCGUUCCCUCCUCGCCCGGCACAAAUGCCCCCUCUACAUCUGGAUACAGCUACCCAGUACCCGGUGUUCCGAUCUCCGGUCUCGAACAGCUUGAGACGGAUAAGUUUCGAUUGACUUGUUUCCAGACCCUGACGGGGACCAAGUUCCUGCUUUUUACGGAUCCAGUUUCGGGGAGUGUGGAGUCGAUUAUCAAUAAGAUAUAUGAGCUGUAUGCGGAUUAUGUUAUGAAGAAUCCGUUCUACCAGCUAGAGAUGCCGGUACGAUGCGAGGCUUUUGAUCGGCAUCUUGGGGCCUGGUUGAGGGGGAGGACAUAG